GCCGAGCGGACGCGGGGGUGAGCACGCGGUGUGGAUGACAGAUGUGAGAACAUCGGUGUGGAGCUCUCUGCGUCUCAGUGUCGCAGUUUGGUUCACAUCCGCAGUUCGAAGCGCUCGAAGCCGAAGAAGGAAGUGCAGCCAUGGCGCAGGGCCUCCGAGACAGAUUUGACAAGUUCCUCCAUGAGAAGAACCUCAUGACGGACGCGCUGGAAAAGAUCGAGGUCAAAACGGGAGUGAGCAGGACGUACAUCGCCAUCGCUGUCAUCGCCAUCAUCGCUGUUUACCUCGUCAUCGGUUACGGAGCCUCCCUGCUGUGUAACCUCAUCGGCUUUCUUUACCCAGCAUACAUUUCGAUUAAGGCCAUUGAAAGUGCCACCAAAGACGACGACACUAAAUGGCUGACCUACUGGGUGGUGUAUGGACUCUUCAGUGUGGCAGAGUUCUUUGCUGACAUCUUCCUCUCCUGGUUCCCAUUCUACUAUAUUGGAAAGUGUGCCUUCUUGGUGUGGUGCAUGGCUCCGACUCCUUCUAACGGAUCGAUCCUGAUCUAUAACCGCAUCGUUCGACCUAUCUUCCUCAAGAAUGAAGCCAAGAUAGACGACGUGGUGAAGAACAUCAAGGACAAGGCGUCAGACGCUGCUGACAAGUUCAGGGAUGAGGCCAAGAAAGCCACUGCUAACAUCAUUUUUGAGGAGAAGAAGAGCUCCUAAGAAGGACGCACAUGUGUGCUGUCGCCUCUGGAGCCCAUUCUGUUGCAGAAGAAAUGUUGCCUUGAAUAUGAUCCUGUUCAGUCCGUAACCUUUAUCGUCAUCCAUGCUGUAUCCGACGCUGCACAUGUGUCACAUGUAUGAAUGAAAGCAGCCGCCGCCGCCGCCCCCKCCCCCCCCCCGGUCAGUUUACUUUGCCUCGUCAGCUGUCAGAUAACUGAAGCGCUUUGUGAACCAAAUAAAGACAAACUUGUUGAA